AUCGGAAGAGUCCAGAGUAGGAAAAUGGAAGGAGCCAUCAUUUAGGUUGCCACUUCUUCUUGGACACUCUACACGUAAGCCUUUUACAUGUAACCUUUUGAGUUUAACCUUAAGAACUGUAAGAGGAGCGUUGCUUUAAACUAAGCUGGCAGGACCACUAUGGUAAAAUCUGUCCUUAACUUUCUUCACACUCAUCAAAUGGGUUGUUUCAACAUCCCUAAAGGCAUAGGCCUAUGACAAUCAACAAAAAAUUUAUUUGUUGAGCCAGGUGGAUGGGAAACGUGAUUGCACUAUGAAAAAGCAGUGGACGGUGGGUCAAGAAGCACACGGGCGAAGACACCCGCGUGCGGGUGAGAAUCAUACGCGAUGGGUGAUCACAAACCAUGGGGAUGAGGAGAACAUAUUGGCGGGAGAAGAGAAUCCUCGAACUGUUAAAAACCUAACGGCUCUCUUCUCAACGGCUACAAUUUUGAAACCUAUAAAAUCCUUCAUUUGAAUUUUUUUUCACUCACACCGCUCCACUCACUUCUUCCUCAUUCUUCUAAAUAAAAUCUUGCUACAAAAUGAGCAAUCUGGUAAGGGCUUCCGUCAACAGUUUUAUGAGUAAAAGAGAUCAUGAAAAAAUACCGAGACCUGCCACAAAUGUAGAUUAUACUCAGAAUCGUGAAGCAGAGUUUGCUUCGCCGAGUGUUGUUGUUGCUUCAUCAUUAGUUGAAGAUCAUGAAUCGGGGCGUUAAAAGCGGUCAGAUAGUUAUUAUAAAACGAGAGGUGGAUUUCAAGACUUAAAUGCUAUUUAUAAUGGUUUACCCCUUAUAACCCGAGAUAGAGUUGACAGAUAUCCCUGGCGUGCGUUUUAUUUUGUAAGGCCCAGAAACACAACGACAAAAUUACGAGAGUAUUAGUAGAAAGGUGGUGGUCAACGACGCACAUGUUCCAUUUUAUGAAUUUUGAAAUUGGAAUUACGCCUCUUGAUUUGUAUUUUAUUUGUGGAAUUCCAAGUGGAGUGGAAGACCUUAUAUCCUUCAACCAAAACGAAUGGGUGUCGGAUGAUAAAUGGAAGACGCUUCUCCCCUCGUUUUUAGAAUCACAAGUACGUGAAGAUCAUAAAGAUUUGAAAGAAAAUGGAAUACAUUGUUCAACGUUGAAGCGUUUCCUUCUCUACAAUAAAAACUCAACAAAUACAACUGACUAUCCUGAACUCGACAGGGUGUUUAUUUUAUGGUUAAUGGGUCAGACGUUCUUUCCAAACUCAACUAACGUUUCUCAUAUUGGUUGGCUUAAAGCGUUAGAAGAUCUUGAAAAAGCACCACAUUAUGAUUGGGGGUUUGAAAUUUUAGGAGAAAUGUACCGUGGGAUUGGUCAAGCGUCCAUAGGUAUACCUAACUUCACUGGUUUCUGGGGCAUCUUAGAGUAUUGGUGGUAUACGUACUUCUGUGUUCGUAAACCAAUUCUUAAAGACAAUACCGUAGACUUCCAAUUAUGGACAUGUACUACACGAGAAACCGGGCAAAGGACACUGGUAGCGACGACUCGGUUUCCAGUUUUUUCCAGAGGUAUCAACAGAUGACUUAGAGCCACAAGAAUGUUGUUGUUCACCCUUACUUUGAUUUCUUGAGUAUAAUCAUGAAGAUGUACAAGGUAUUCUUGAUUAUUCUCUCCUUAGAGUUGUUUUUUACACUCCAUAAACGGAUAGAGGGGUUUGGUACAUGGAAGAAAGACCUAUGUACCAGUUACGUGGGAUUUAUGCAAUUGAAAUUACCCGCCAUCACAGAUACAAAUCUCUGCAUCGGAUUUUGAUCGGGAGAGAAUGACGCCGUUGGUGAGGUGUGAACUAAACACACAGGUGAAUAUUAGUGAAGUUCAGUAUGUCAGAUGGUACCAGUCGAUUGCGAAGCCUGUAAUUGGUAUAAACGACAUGUACGUCUAUGGGUUCGAUUUUCCAGGGUUAUCACGCCUGGGUCAUGAUACAAACAUCGUUCCUAUCCAACAGCCUCAGGAAGAUCCAUGUUUUAUGACUUACCCCACCACGGGUGCAAGUGAUGAGUGCUAAAAAGUGCAUAUUUCUAUAUAUUUUUCUUGGCAUUUAACUCAUCUUUUGUGCAUUAAUUCUACAU